UGGGUCGGCAACGAUUGAUAUCGCAUCAGACGGCGACCUUGACGACAAUGACAAGAAGAAUGGCAUCAUUACAGUAUUGAAGAACUACAACACCGUGAUCAACGGGUACCUGGUCCGCGUCGGCGAGGACAACUACACGACAGCGAUCAAGCAGAAGAUGGUGGACCUGAUCACACGUGCUACGAUCCUGCUCAGUUACAUGGAAGCGUCUUCUUGCCCUGAGGAGGUGCCCCCAGUCACUCUGACGGAGCUCAAGGACGGUUGGGCAGAGAUUAGGCCCGUCGUAGUUCGCAUUGUUGGCGACGCGUAG